CAGGCCCCUGGCCUCCCGCUGCAAGUCCGGGCUGCUGCGUCGGACGCCAAGGGGGACGGUUUCUUCUUAAAGGAGAAACAGCAGCGGCGCGCGCGCGGUGGGCCCCGGUCUUCCCGCGGCUCUCGGAGGGAGCACGCGGGACCGGGAGGCGCACGCGCAGUCUAGGCGAAGGCGGGUUGGGGUGCGCAGGCCCGGGCGCGCAUGGCCUCUCCGGUGGCAGAUGCAUCCCGUCGGCGGCGGGAGAAGCGUAGGCAGCUGGACGCGCGCCGCAGCAAGUGCCGCAUCCGCCUGGGCGGCCACAUGGAGCAGUGGUGCCUCCUCAAGGAGCGGCUGGGCUUCUCCCUGCAUUCACAGCUCGCCAAGUUCCUGUUGGACCGGUACACUUCUUCAGGAUGUGUCCUCUGUGCAGGUCCAGAGCCGCUGCCACACAAGGGUCUGCAGUACCUGGUGCUCCUGUCUCAUAGACACAGCCGGGAGUGCAGCCUAGUGCCUGGGCUUCGGGGGCCUGGAGGUGGAGAUGGGGAGCUUGUGUGGGAGUGCUCAGCAGGCCACACAUUCUCCUGGGAACCUUCUUUGAUUCCUACACCUUCAGAGGUGCCUAAGCAGCACCCCCUUACACACACAACUGAGAGAACCUGGUGCUCAGAGGCCAGGAGGAAGCAGGAGCCUGAAGGUUUGGAAUGUGAGCAGCAUAAAAGAACUCAAGAAACCAGGCUGUCCAGGGGAGUAGAAUCCCCAUUGGAGACCUUCCCACCCCCAGGAGAGGAACAGGAUGUGGAAGAAGAGGAUGAGGAUGAGGAUGAAGAGCUGCUCAGUGAUGCCAGCCCAUGGACCUACAGCUCCUCCCCAGAUGACAGUGAACCAGAUGUCCCUAAGCCGCCUCCAUCCCCUGUUACUCACACACCUAAGGAGGGAGAGAUCCCGCCAGCACCUGCAACUUUCCCCACCCCUUGUGCUGUUCUUGCCUCUUUGGGUUCCACAGCUGUGCUGACAUCAGAUGCUGAGGUGCAGCUGGAACUCAGCAGAACCCCCCAGGCCUCUGUAGAGCUGCAAAUGACCGAAUCUCUGGACAGUCCUGGGAGUCAGGCCCAGUCUGCUCCAAACCCAACCUGGGAUGAGGACACUGCUCAGAUUGGGCUCAGGAGAAUUAGGAAAGCUGCCAAAAGAGAGCUGAUGCCCUGUGACUUCCCUGGCUGUGGAAGGAUCUUCUCCAACCGGCAGUAUUUGAAUCACCACAAGAAGUACCAGCACAUCCACCAGAAGUCAUUCUGCUGCCCCGAGCCAGCUUGUGGGAAGUCCUUCAACUUUAAAAAGCAUCUGAAGGAACAUGUGAAGCUGCACAGUGAUACCCGGGACUACAUCUGUGAAUUCUGUGCUCGCUCUUUCCGCACUAGCAGCAACCUUGUCAUCCACAGACGAAUCCACACAGGAGAGAAGCCCCUACAGUGUGAGAUAUGUGGGUUCACUUGCCGUCAGAAGGCCUCUCUAAACUGGCACCGACGCAAGCAUGCAGAGACGGCAGCUGCCCUGCGCUUUCCCUGUGAAUUUUGUGGCAAACGCUUUGAGAAGCCAGACAGUGUGGCAGCUCACUGCAGCAAAAGCCACCCAACUCUGCUCCCUGCACACGAGUCACCUGGCUUUUUUGAGUCUAGUCCCAGCGUCUCUGCCACUGAACCCUUGCAAUCUCCUGAGGGGGCUGGCCUAUUUUCCUCUUCUGACUCUAAUCUUGCCCCCUCAACAGCCAGUUCUUCACAACCUGGCGUGGUAGACCCUAGGGAUGCAGAGAGAAGUCAGACGGUGGUCCCCAGGAACUAGGUAUUAGGAGUGAAGUUAAAGGUAUGGCACAACUGGGCUCCAGAUACCUUGUUUUAGCCUUCCUCAAGGACACAAUAAAUGGUAUUUUAUACAAGUGUAGGCAGAACAUAUGCUUUGGUGCUACAGACUUAACAAUCUGGGAAUCUUUUGACAACAGGAUGUUAGCUAUGCCAGAAUGUAGUAUAAGACAACCUUGCUCACAAGCUCAACUUCUUUCUAGACCUUUCCUGUAGAGUAUAACAUCUGCCUUGGUCUAGGAGCAGGCUGGUCCAGGAGGCAGACAGAUGACCUUCUCUUGUCUAGCAUUUGCCUGUGGUGGGCCAUGCAGUCUGGCCUUCUGGUGUAGAACCAAGCCCUGCAGCAAAACGGCUGAACUAGUUAAUAGUGGAUGGGUUUUUGACAGGUAACUGGACUGUAGAUCAUGACUUGUCAAGGAGUUAGUCCUUUGAUAAGUUCAUAGCUGAAGGCCUAUUAGGUAGUGAGGCCACAGUCCUGGGGAAAUGCCUUGAAGGGUAAUCUUGUUCCUGUAUACUUCCCAUAUUUCCUUGCCCUGAAGUGGGUGGCCUCCCAUGCCUUUUGGCUUUGCUUCAAGCUCACAGAAGUGGAACCAGCUGACAACGGAAUGACACUACUGAAACCACGAGCCAAAAUAAAUCUUUAAGUUGA